AGCACAUAUGUCAGGGAAUGCGAGAGCUACCGCCAUACCGAACGCAUCAACACGAGAUCGUGGAGGAACCGGGUUCGAAGCCGACCUUCCGAGCACCAUACCGGCUCAGCCCUACGGAGCUGACCGACAUGAAAAAACAUAUCGAGUAUCUCCUCGCCAAAGGACUCAUCCGGCCAUCUACUUCGCCAUACGGUGCCCAGUGCUCUUCACAUCGAAACCGGACGGAAGCCUGCGCAUCUGCAUCGACUACCGAUCUCUUAACAAGCAGACCAUCAAGAAUAAAUAUCCGAUACCACGAAUCGAUGACCUGCUUGACCAGCUUCGGGGAGCUACGGUAUUUUCCAAACUAGAUAUGCGGUCCGAAUACUGGCAGAUACGGAUGGCGGACAACUCUAUCCACAAAACUGCUCUCCGAACUCGGUAUGGAUCGUACGAGUAUUUGGUAAUGCCGUUCGGACUCACCAACGCACCGGCAACAUUCCAAGCCGAAACGAACCACAUUCUACGACCACUUUUGGAUGAUUGCGUGGUGGUGUACCUGGACGACAUCCUCAUCUACUCGUGCGACAUGAAACAGCACAACAAACACCUAAAAUCGAAGCCGUACGAAGCCGUGGAGCAGCUGAAACAAGCACUCACGUCCACACCAGUACUCAUCUUGCCAGAUCCCGAACGCGACUACGUUAUCAAAGCUGACGUUAGCGACCAGGCAGUGAGAGCAGUCUUGAUGCAAGAUCAAGGAAAUGGAUUGCAACCAAUCACCUACCUCAGCAAGAAACUGCACGGGGUAGAACUAAACUACCCGAUACACGACAAAGAGGCCCUUGCCAUUGCCAUCGCCUUCAAAGCGUGGAGAUGUUAUCUCGAAGGACGAAGAACAACCGUCUACACCGACCACUGCAGCCUGAAAUACUUGAAGACACAACCCAACCUUUCCUGGCAGCAGGUCCGGUGGAUCGACUUCCUCGAGACACACUUCAACUACGACAUCGUGUACAAGCCCGGCCACAAAAACAAAGCAGAUGCCCUCAGCCGGCCUGCACACCGACAUCUGCUACAGUGGGACAGUGACAUCGCGUAUCGGAAAGGAUUAACAAAAAUCUGGGUACCCAAUUACCCUCCUUUGCGCCAGUUACUACUCGAAGAAUACCACGACGUCCUCUACGCCGGACAGUUCGGCAGCAACAAGACGCUGACCGGUAUUGCAAAACACUACUACUGGCCCCACUUGACAGAGGAUGUUCAGAAGUUUGUCACCUCGUGUGAUACAUGUCAGUGGAUGAAGAGCAGCAAGCAGAGGAAGGCAGGACUACUGCAGCCUCUUCCUGUCCCAGAACAGCCAUGGCAAGUGGUUAGCCUGGAAUUCAUCACCGGGUUACCACCUACCUCCAGCGGUCAUGACGCAAUCCUUGUCGCCAUCGACAAGUUCUCCAAAAUGGGACACUUCAUCCUGACACACACGACAGCACGAACCGAGGAGACAGCACAACUGUUCGUUCGUUACAUCAUCUCAGAGCAUGGCAUUCCAACCACACUUAUCUCCGACCGAGACCCCAAGUUCACCAGCAAGUUCUGGAAGGAACUUAUGUCUCUACUCGAGACCAAACUCGCCAUGUCAUCUGCUUACUAUCCGCAGACAGACGGACAGACCGAGCACCUCAACCAAAUUGUCUAGCAACUCCUCUGAGCAACGUGCAAGGAC